AUGGCCAAAACAGUCAUGGUACCCCAUGCUCUUACCAAUACUGGAGCAACCACCAGUCAUCCUUUCACCAGCUCAGAAUAUGUUACUGCUGCUGUUCCAGCCAGCGCAGAGACACCCUCUACACAAGAAACUAAGACUAGCUAUUUGUCUUGUAUCAGGGGCAAAUUACAG